AUGAGAGGUUCUGGAGGAAGAGGAGGAGGUAGCUUUGGUGGUAGAGGCGGUGGUGGUCGCGGCGGAGGAAGAGGAGGAGGCCGAGGUGGUGGUCGUGGAGGUGGACGAGGAGGCUCUGGAGGCUCAAAAGGAGAGGAAUAUCCACCAGAAGAAAUCAAAUUGGCUGGUACUUUUGAAAAGCCUGCUGGUACUGACUUUUUGUUCAAAUCGGCACUCGACUCUGAAAAGCUCAUUCCAUUGUGCAAUUCAAAUGCAUACACAAAAGACAAGACACUUCUUGGUAAAUUGAAGGAAGUAUUAGGUCCUGUCAACAAGGUUUACUUCUCAGUGGAAAAGGAUGCUAACUUUAGAGGUGCUAUUGGUAACGAAACUGUUGUUUAUCUCAACACUAAGCGUAUUUUGCCAUUGGAACGAUUCCUUCCACCAGAAGCAAAGAAUCCACUCAUGCCAAAGGAAAAGAAGGCAGGUGGUGCCGGUGGUCGUGGAGGAAGAGGUGGUAGAGGUCGAGGUGGUGGUCGAGGAGGACCAAGAGGAGGCGGCAGAGGAGGUGGCCGUGGAGGUAGCAGUGAUCGUGGUGGUGGCCGUGGAGGUGGAAAGUUCGGUGGUGACCGCAGUGGAGGUAGAGGUGGAUUUGGAGGUGGUGACCGUGGUGGCAAAUUUGGAGCCGGUGGAAAGUUUGGAAAUAGCAAGAAGUUUUAA